AUUCGGAGUCAAAUCUUGGUCAAAAGGGGUUCAAUCUAUUUCUCUUUGGCAAAGCAAUAAACUUUGCAGAAAAAAGAACUGAGCGAAGAAGAGUGAUGCUUUAGAAAUGGAGAUGGUGAACGCUCAGCCACUGCAAGCGAGGGCUUACGAGGGGGAAGAUCAACUGGUGCAUAUACCGGCAGAGUUGGAAGGGGACUAUGGCGAAGGAGGUGGUGCUAAAGCGGCCAUGAAUGGAGGGGACCAAGCUCGGAGGAGCUCUGGAGUAACUAUGAGUCGCUGCAAUUCGGCUCUGCCUUCUCGGACCAGUGAGCUCACCAUCGCCUUCGAGGGCGAGGUCCACGUUUUUCCCGCGGUUACUCCCGAUAAGGUGCAAGCAGUGCUUUUGCUAUUGGGAGGGCGUGAUAUAUCCAGCAGUUUCCCUAGUUCUGAGUCUCUGCUAGAAAGCAAUAGCGGGGGUAUAGGUGACAUCUCACGAAAUUCAAAACUUUCACGAAGAACUGCAUCUCUUGUUAGGUUCCGUGAAAAACGGAAAGAGAGAUGCUUUGAAAAGAAAAUUCGAUACACUUGUCGAAAAGAGGUUGCUCAGAGGAUGUAUCGCAAGAAUGGACAGUUUGCAUCAUUGAAGGACGAUUCUAAAAUUGCUUCUGGAAACUGCGAUUCAAGUGAUGGCACUUCUUGUCCAGAAUCUGUAUGUCAGCAUUGUGGAAUUAGUGAAAAGUCUACCCCAGCAAUGCGUCGGGGGCCAGCUGGUCCAAGAUCUCUUUGUAAUGCUUGUGGUCUCAUGUGGGCUAACAAGGGAACUUUGAGAGAUCUUACAAAAGCAGGGAGGCCCAUUCAUUUUGACCAAGAUGAGCUGGAAACUGCAGCUGACUUUAAACCUUUGAUGUUAAAACCAGAAAAUGCGCAUCUAGACCCAGAUGUAGAGGGAAUCCCAGAGGAGAGUAAGCCUAUUGCAUUGGAUACUGAAAACCCUCCUCUGAGACUGGGUGACGAGGAUAUGCUGGAAACAGCUGAAGCUGCUACUAAUCACAUAUGCAUCCAAAUGGAAAAUUCAACUGUUAACUUUGAUGAGCAGGAGAAUCUGGAUGAAUUUUGCAAUGCCUCGGGGACAGAAUUUGAGAUUCCUGCAAACUUUGAUGAGCAGUUUUAUGAAUACAAACCUACAGGUGGUUGAUUUUUAUGAUUGCAACAUCGAGACUCACUGGCCAGGAACUUGAUAUAUACAUGCUGACUACGGGACGCUUGAAGUGCGCAUGGUUUCUUGUUGGCCAGAAUGAAGGUGCAAUGCUGGUGGCCCUCCGACUAACUUUGGAUUUUCAUGCCCUGGUUAAUGUUUUCUAACACAAACCUUAUACAGAAAUCCCAUGCGUAUGUUACAACUAGCUAGAUCAUUUCGGAGCUCAGUGAUAUAAUGUGAAUAAGUUUCCGGUUUUGCUCUCUCCUUUCUACCCCUUUGCCCUUUGUGAAUAACUGUAGUAGGAUCGUGCCAGAAAAUGUGAUUGUCUGCCAUUUACGUAGUAGCGAAUUGACCCUUGUAA